GGAAGCACUGUCUGUUGUGGAGGGCAUCCAAGCUAGAAAGAGAGAGAGAGGGCCUUCUAAUCCAAGUUUCCAUCCAAGUUUCCAUCCCUCAAUCCGGUUGAAGACUGGAGACAUCCAUCCUUGAAAGCCGCAUUGCCCUGCUUGAACUGGACCCAUGAGCCAAUCCCAGUGAAUGGACCGAGCCAAGCCCUAAAGUCCUAAUCAGGCCGUGCUAGUAUGUCGGACCCGGGACCACAGCCACAGCCACCUCCGGCCGCCACGCCCACCUCGACCACCUCGACCACCCCCGCCCCCUGGUUUGCCGAUUGGAAGUUCUUUGUGUCGGGUCAAAUCCAGGAGACCGUCUUGUCCAUCCUAGAAAAAGGCGGGGCCGUGCAGAAAUCAUACUUGACGCCGGGCGUGACGCACUGCUUGGUGGGCGGGGAGGCCGAUUUGGACGGGGAGGUCUCGGAGGCCGCGGAUAUUUAUGAAAUUCCGGUUUUGAGUCAAGAUUAUGUGCUGGACACGCAUCGGACGGGUCGGUGGCCGCCUCAACCGCCUUAUAACCCGUUGACGGCCGGUCAGGUCUUAGGGGCGUGUCGCUUGUGUUUGAGUGGGUUAGGUCCGGAAGAUAGCCGCAGCCUGUGGGCCUUGAUCCGGGCCCAUGGUGGACAAGUGGUGCGGGAAUUGAACGCUAAGGUCACGCAUCUGAUUGCGCGGGAUGGUUUGGGCCCGAAAUAUGCGGCCGCUGCCCGCCACGGCAUUCCCGUGGUCACGCCCGAUUGGGUCUUGGACGGGAUUCGGGCGGGUCAGUUGCGCGAUCCGGCCGUGUAUCACCCGCGAUUGUUACUUUUGCCGGGUCAAGUCCCGCCCCCGGUCAAGAAAAUGCGCAAGAAGCGUGUGCCAACCGUGGUGGCCCCACCCCCACCUCCGAUUCCCCCCGUGUCUCGUGUCCCCCGACCCGUGAUGACGGAUAUGGUCACAUCCACUCCGGUGGCCAUGCCCAUUGCCUCGGUACCUGUCGCCAGCCCAAUGGUCACCGCCCCGCCCACUCAUACUAACACUGACGCCCAUCGGGAUCUGAAGCCCCCGGUAUGCACUCCGCUUCCGGUGAUGACCGAGCCCACUAUCUCGUCGAUCUCGAAGGCUGAAACCGGCCUCACCCCGUCCACACCGGUUCACCCCAAUCCUCCCGUGUCAGCCUCACCCGCCCUGCCGGUGUCCAGUGCCCCCGCUACUGCUAUGGCACCGCCAGCCGUAUCGAUGGCAGAAACUCAUCCGCUGCCGUCAAUUCCUCCGCCCCAAGCUCCGGUCAUCCCACCCUCAGCCCCGACUCCCACCUCGAUCCCGCCUGCAGCCGUAUCGGCGCCCCCGCCUACAAGCACCACCUCAACCUCCGAAGGGUUAAAAGUCAGUGCCGGUUCAAUACCCCGCCCUGCCCCCGGUGUCAUUCAGUCUCAAGCACCCGUGGUCCAUGCUCACCCCACCAAUAACCCCUCAAUGGAAGUUGGAUCGGUUCGACCACCCCUCUCCCAACCCAUGGGCUCCACUCCCAUAUCCUCCGCUGGACAAGUUAACAUGAUGCCGCAGGCCGGCCCGCCUCCGCAGUCCGUUCCAUCGGCCAUGGCCCAGCAGCCGCGCAUGCCUCAACCCCCGUGGCCCCCUCAAACUACGCAACAGCCGGCGGGGCAUUGGAAUCAGUCCCAGCCUCAAUUCCGCCCCCCAGCGGGUCCUCAGCCGCCUGGCAUGCCUCAACCUCAACCCGGUUGGAAUAACGGACCGCCCGAAGGUGCGCCACAGCAACUGAUUAUCCGUCAACCGCAUCGAAGUCACCAACAACAAAUCAUUCAACGGCAUAUCGCGUCACUCUCAGUGGAGCAAAGGAACAGUUUCACACAGAUGAAUCCGAGAGAAAAACAGCAUUAUUUGGCCCAACGAGGCUUGCUUUUGUCCAACCCGCAAAUGCAGCAACAACAGCAGCAGCAGCAGCAGCAGCAGCAGAUGAUGCAAAAAACCAUCACUUUAACGGACCAACAACGGGAAAUGCUUCAGACUAUGGAUCCGCCUCAAAGGAACUUGUUCCUGCAAAAGAUUCAGAGGGAACAGCAAAUGCGUCAGCAACAACAAAUCCUGCAACAACGCCAACAACAACAGCAGCAACAACAACAGCAACAGCAACAUCAGAUGGUACCUCAAUCUCAAGGAGGUAUGCCACCACAAGGCCCUUCGCAAGUAAUGGUCCAACAAGGUGGUCCUCAGGGCCAACUUCAAUGGCAGCAACAAGGCCAAGGCUUCCCUCCAGGCCAGGGUGGUCCCAUGCCCGGUCAACAAGUCAUCCGCGUGCCUCAUUCGUCCCCCAAUGCCUCCAUUAUGUCCCCGGGUGCUGGGCCCAAUAACCGAAUGCCAGUUCCUCAAAGUGUAGCUGGUCAACCGAGACCCACUUGGUCGGGGGAAACCCACCCAGCAUUAGCUCAGGUCCCAAGGACCCCUCAGCAGUUGCAGCACCUCCAACGCCUCCAGAUGCAAAGAGAGCAGCAGCAACAGAUGGAUCAAACCGGCGCCAUGAUUUCCGGUCCCCCGGGACCCCGACCCGCCAUGGGUCCUCAAGCCAUUAUGGGCCAACCUCAAGUACAAAUGGGCGGCGUUCCGAUCUCACAGCAACAGCAACAGCAAGCUCAAUUUCUUCAACAACAGGCUGCCAUGCAGAAUGGCUCCAAUCAAAAAACGAAAGUGGCUCUCGCCAACAUGAUCAACAACCGUUUAGGACAACCACCCACGUCUGGCGGGAUGCCCAUGGGAAGUCCACAAGGCAUGUCACCCCAACAACCUAUGCCAAAUCAAGCUCCCAAUCCUAUGGGAGGUCCACCCAUGAGUGGUCCAAUGGGACCCGAUGGAAGUGCCGCAGCCCGAUUGCAAAUGAUGAAUCAGCAAUUGCACCCACAUCAAGGUGGGCCACACCCGCACAUGAUUCAACCGGGUACAAUGUAUAGAGCCCCCGGGGCUCCUCCCCAGGGACCUAGAUUCAUGUCAAUGCAGCAACAGCAACAACAACGUAUGGAGAUGGCCGGCCAUCCCGUUGGACAUGUAAUGGGACCGGGUGUUCCACCUCGUUUUCCAGGUGCCCGGAUGGGAAUGCCACCUCAACCUCAGCAACAGCAGCCGCCGCAACAACAACAACAACCACAACCGCAACAACGCCCUAUGGCUCCAGGACAACCACAGGGUCCGAGAAUUCAAUUCCACGGCCAUGAUCCAAAUACCCGACUUCCCCCCGAUUUGUGUCUACUGGGCUGCAUUUUUUACAUUAUUGAUUACACUGAAGAUCCGGAUAAAGCUAAAUAUGUACCCGACUGGAAAAAGGUUAUAAAACAGUUCGGGGGCGAAGUGGAAGAAGAAUACCAUCCCCGACUGACACACAUUCUCUGUAUGACUCAAGACAAUCCAAUUGUGCAACAAGCGGUCCGAGAAGGCAAACGUCUGGUUACCACCUACUGGUUGAACGAUACCGUGGUUCGGAAAAAAGUCGGACCCCCUUGGAAAGCAAUUCACUUUCCAUUACCUCCCAAUUUUACUCCACCCUGUGAGAAUAUGAUUCUCACUCUGACCGGAUUUGUGGACCGAAAUCGCGACUGGGUCAAAGACAUGAUCGCCAUGACGGGUGCCAAGUACACAUCGUACUUUUCUCGUCACAACCACGUCAUCGUUUGUCAGAGUGCCACUGGUGAGAAGUAUAACAAAUCGAAAGAGUGGAAUGUUCCUGCCGUCUCUGUCCAAUGGUUGAACGACGUCCUUUUCGGAAACGGCAAUGCUGAGCAAUGUAUGCAAAAUCCCAAAUAUCACAACUUCAAGAUGGAAGACCCGUUUCGCAUGGAUUACACCUUGGUGCCCCACUUGAUUGCUGCAUGGAAGAACCCGAUCCGUGUGACUCCGGAGACGUACAACAAAUUCAAGGCCAAUCCACCUGCUCGAAUAAAGAGGAAGGCUGAGCGUCAAAGGCUCGAAAAGGAAGAGGCCAAACGUUUGAGAGAAGCCGAGGAGAUGCGGGGUGGGAUGCCUCCUAACCAAGGCUAUCCAGGUCAAAUGAUGCCCAAUGGCAUGGGCGCACAACAGCACCAAAAUCCCAUGAUGAUGCAACAACAGCAACAGCAUCAUCAACAGCAACAACAAAUGUCCAUGGGAGGUGUGCCGCCACAAAUGGAUCCAAAUGGGUUUAAUCGGGACCAAAACCAUAGUGGUCCUGGACAACAAAGUGCCAAUCCUGGCAAUCCUCAGUCUGGAGAGCCCUCAAAGACCGGUGAAGAUCUCAACCCAAAUGCGCUCACCGACAAGCAAUCAAAGCAGCCAAUCAAGGCUGAGGGCAAUGAAACGUCCGAAAACAAAGAGAAUGACGCUUCCAACAAGUUCAAAGUGGUCUUAACGGGCUUUGGCCCCACUGAAAAUGACGAACUGAAAGCCCUGGUUCGCGAGCUCGGAGGUCAAGUGCUUAUGUCCCAACACGCCCAAAUGGCCAGCCACUUAGUGAUGCAUCAUCUCGGCCGAUCAGUGACCUUCUUUUGUGCUUUACCUCACGUUCAGUGGAUCUUGUCUUCGAAAUGGAUCAAGGAUUCUAAGAAGGAGGGCAAAUUCUUAGCCGAAGCCCCGUACAAACUCAAAGACGAGUCCUUUGAAAAGCAAUUCAAUUUCUCUCUUGAAAAAGUCCUGAGUUCCUCCACCCGAAGUAAACUUCUAGAGGGCAGGGUGUUUUAUCUGACACCGAGUAUUAAGCCCGCCAUGCAAAAGGUUCAGUGGAUCAUUGAAGCGUCGGGGGGCGUGGUAGAGAACCGUCGAAGACGAGACAUUGCCCAAAUCAAAGAAGCCAAUCCUCCGGACAAGGACCCUUCCUACAUCAUCAUCUGCUGUGAACACGACCUUCAUUUGGUGGCCGAUGUGUUGAAGGCCAAGUUGUGGAUCUUCAACGUGGAACUCGUGCUCUCGUCCGUCAUUCGACAACAACUAGACUUUGACCCAAGUAAAUAUCUCACCACCACACCCGUAACUUCUUCCACUUGAGAAAGCGAGAACCAUGGCCCGUGAUUCCACGACCAAUAUUCCAGCACUCAAUAAUUGGAAAUGUUAUAAAGUUUAUCGCCCAUUGUUGCUCUCGAUCUGACCCCUGUGUCCAAUAAAACCGCCAAAGUAUUCCAUGUG